GCGUCGAACCAUUGAGCGUCGCGACGCCGACACCGCUAACCUGGUUUAGGCCGUAAAUUAUCGGAUUUUCACUAUUUGUGUUUUUUGACGUCUAGUCGGUGUUUUUUCUCCCGAUGACAAUCACUCGAACUGAAUGCGAACUUUUAUGGUGCUGUCCAGUGGAUUAGUAAAAUAUUGUUACAACAAUUGAACCGGAAAAGUUACUGUUUAGUUUCGUCAAACACUUGCAUUUGUUAAUAUGUGCAUCUAUGAUUUGAUAAUGCCGGUAACAAUUUCCUGCAGAGUUUUUUUAAAGGCGAUGGACCUCAACCUGGUUUGAAAUCAUGGUGAUGGAUUGAUGUAGAAUAUCACAAUUCUGGCUUCAAAAAUCUUAAGAAGGACUCUGGCUCUAUCCCAUCAAUCUCCAACCAAUGCCGUUCCAACGCUUUCACCAAACAGGAAAACUAAGCCCAAGAGUGUAAUAAUGAAAAAGCUCUUAGGCACCAGGUUUUUCACUCGUCUUUUGCUUCUUGUCUGCUCCUUAAGCCUCGUCAGCAUUCUUCUGCUCAGCAAGUGUAGUCUCGAAAGUCUGAAAUCUUCCAACCCUGAAGACUCCAUUGAUGAUCUUCCAGCUCCCGACUUGCCAGGUCUCGAUUUGGCCUCACCUAACCGAAAUCUUCCUUCAAAACUACCUCAACAUGAGUCUCCGCCAGCUUCUGCUUCCGAAUUUAGUGCUUCGCUUCAUCUCCUUUUGCAGCAACGGGAGGAGGAAAACCGCAUAGAAGUUGAUAGACUGACAGCGGAAAUUAAGAAUCUUAAACUGCAGUUAUUUCAAUACACUAACGGUUAUCCAAACCGCCACAGUAUCCUCACCGACUCGUCUCAAAACCCGACCUUAACCAAUGCCGAAUACGCCAGCUACAUAAAAAAACAAGUAAUGCAAGCGGAAAUCUUCCAUGGAACACCGUUGAACAACGAGUACGAACUGAUUCCAUUCAACCAUUUUACCUACAGCAGAGUUUAUCCAUCGGACUUAGGUCUGGGGAAACGGGUGGUCGAGAAGCCAAUUGGCUACAAGCGAAAGGACUUGCUGGAAGCUUUGGUCAAAGGGCUGGACACGUUGAACAAGAAUGUUACCGAAAAAAUCCGGAAGUACACGCUGGAUGAUUUCAUUGAGGGAUUGUACAGGAUAGAGCCAACGACUGGAACGCAAUUUGAGCUGUAUUUUAAAAGUAAACCAGUGAAUAAAACUUCGAGUGCGGAACAUGGACCAGUGAAUGGGUUUACGAAGAUUGUGGUUAUGAGGCCAUUUGCUCCGCUACAGACAAUCACAAGUGAGAAUCUUCCAGGUCCAAAAGACAAAGAACUAAUACACAUCAUUUUGCCGCUUAGCGGUCGAACUGCUACGUUCCAGAAUUUCAUGGACAAGUUUGUUAAAAUCGGUCUUAAGAACGACAGACGAGUGCACUUGACUGUCGUCUAUUUCGGUGAAGAAGGACUGGCGGAGGCCAGAAGCAUCAUGUCCAGAGUACUGAUGACCAAGAACUCGGGAGGCAACGCUAACAACUUGAGACUUCUCGCUUUAAAUGAGACAUUUUCCAGGGGAAAAGGUCUCAGGGUUGGUGCUGAGAGGGCUUUUGACCCCGAUCAAUCCAAAACACUGCAAAAGGAGCAAAAGUCUGCGAAAUCCUCCGAAAAGUCCUUCAAAGUGCCACAAAAGGAUGUUCUUCUUUUUAUGUGUGAUGUAGAUAUUGUGUUCAGUGCCAGGUUUCUCGACAGAUGCCGAUGGAACACGAAACCUGGCAAAAAAGUAUAUUAUCCAGUAGUAUUUAGCUUGUAUAAUCCACAUGUUGUAUAUACAUUGCAAGGUAAAGAGGUGCCAUCCGAAAAUGAACAGUUGGUGAUAUCCAGAGACACUGGCUUCUGGCGAGAUUUCGGAUAUGGAAUGACGUGUCAAUACAGAUCGGAUUUCCUGAAGGUGAAAGGGUUUGAUGAAGAUAUCGUGGGCUGGGGCGGCGAAGACGUCAUGCUGUACCGGAAAUACGUGACGAGCGGCGUGAAAGUGAUAAGAGGAACAGAUCCAGGAAUAUUCCACAUAUGGCAUCCAAAGGUUUGUUCUGGAGGUCCAGGCGGCCAAAAACUCUCAGCGGACCAAUAUCGAGCUUGCAUCAGAUCUCGAGCUUUAAACGAGGCGUCCCAUGCCCAAUUGGGUUUCUUGGCGUUUCGGGAUGAUAUUGCGGCCAACAGCAGCCCAGUUAAGUAUCCGGUUCAUCCACUCAAGCCGAUGAAAAGCUCAUUUAGGAAUAAGAAUUUUAUGAAAUCAGGCGGUAAGUGACAGUAGGGGAAAAGGACAGUAUCCUAAGGUGGCUUAGUUGAAUUUGAAAGUAUGGGAACAUGGAGUAGGAAUUCUAAUAUAGGUAGAAGAGGGCCUAACUGACCUUUCACGUACUUUGUUGGUGGCAGUAUUUACAUUUUUUUUCUAUGAGGGUUUCUCGCCUAAUUUUUUUCAGGUUCCCACAAAUUUUUAUUUUUUAUGAACUUAAAUUGCAAUGAUUAAUGCAUCUGAUUGAUGACUACAUGUACGUGUUAUUCUGAUUGUUUCGUUAACUUUGAUUGGAAUUGCAGUUAAGAGUUGGCUCUAAACGAUUGAGCGUUAGAUAUUGCAAGUGCCAACGUUUCAUUUACGUACAUUUUAACAAUGUAAAAGCAACAUUUACUUUUUGCGGGAUAUAUUUUCAAUCAAGCAAUUGUUUAAUCACAAUCACAUAUUUAGAUUAAACAAUUUCAGCACUUUGAAAAAGUUUUGCCUUCAUAUGGCUCCGAAUUUUUUUCCUGUUUACCUUUUUGUAUUUCGAACUUUGGAAUUAACGAAAUAUUUUAAAAGAAGUGUCGAACUGAAGCCUAAGUUUUGUUAGAUAGGGAUUAUUCGAUUAGUUGUGCAAAAUCCUGGUUUUCAAAACAACACAUAAAUAAAACGAUAUACACGGUGUACCAGUGAAAAUUUUUCACCACAUUACUUUCGAGCUAAGUAUUAGAAAUUACCUGGACUCAUCGAUUUUGUUUUCGAAAGGGAUAAUUUAGUGUUAAAAGCACCGGGGCAACUCCGCGCAUUUAGUUGACCAGAUUAUCUUUAAUAAUGCUCAUAUCAAAGGGUUUUUCGGUCUGAUCAUCACUACUAUGUUUUACUAAGAGUUUUAUCUUUUUCUGUGUAAAAUCUCGAGUUUAUCUUUAGACAUAUAUCAAUCAACGUUCCAGUGAUUAUCGUAUUUUGCCGACAAUAAGACGCACCUCAAAUUUAUAAAACGAUUUUCAGAAAAAUUUACUUUAAUGUUACUUUUCGAUUAUAAUUUUUUUGCGUGCGUUUUAUUGCCCCUAAAAAACGCUAUUGAAUUAAUUCUGCUUACAGAACAGAAACAUUUAUCAACAUUUCGACUAAGAUUGUUAAGAAUUUUGAAGGUAAUUAGGCACUAAGGCAGGCAGGCAUUCUUUAAUGGAAGUCCGGUUGAAAUAUUCCAGACAUUGCGACUAAGUGGUAUAAUUGCUGGCUGCGUUUCCAUUCAAUGGAUAGAUCGCAGUGGAUCUAUUGAUUGCUUUUUAAUCACUUGGUUUUUUUGCUCAUUUGCAUUUUGCAUCUCAUUUGCCACUCAGUCGCAGUUUCUUCGAAAAAACUCGCGGAAUAUUGCAUUGAAGAAUGUCGCCUAAUUGCCCUGGAAAGUCGUUUUUUGUUCGUGAAACUGCGGAAUAACGUUUUUAUUAUUUGCGGAGCUGAGAUAUGGAUAUUGUGAACAAGAUCAAUUAUUAAUUAAACAAUUAAGUACAAAACAUUUUGUUCAUCCGUAAAUAAAGUUUUUAUGUUCGGUAUUUUCGGUAACAAUUAACAAUUAUUUUUUUGCAUCAUGUGCAAUUCAUACUAGAAUGCGCCUCGAUCCAACACAAAAUCGACACUACGCGUCACUUGAAAUAUUUUAAAACGUUGUUAAAAAUUCGGAUGUGACGUUUUCAUUCGUACACCCUGUUAUAUGUAAACUUUAUACUUUAUAGUCAAUGCAUAGGAAAUUUUUGUUGUUGUUAUUAAUGCUACGUCCUGAUAGUGUCGAAAUAAAUAUCCGAAACGUUGUCAGUUCAAAUAUCUACGCUGCAUCAUUUGAAUCCAACAUCAAAUAUAAACAGGGUGCUUUAAAAGUGAUGACCUUCAUUUUUAAGGAGUUUUGUAACUCAUUUUGGAGAAUGCCGGAAAUGCAAAGAAAAUAGUACAGUACAGAUAGGGUUGUUCGAAGGACGAUUUUGGGUUAUUCCCGUAUGAGAAUACGACAGCAGACAAAAGCACCUAAAUUGACAACUGUGAAACAAUAUUUCUAAUCAGCCUUUAGCUUGUUUUCAAUUACAUAUUCAUUAUCUUGAAUUCGUAAUUCUGAUAACGUGCACUUAACACAGUUGAACUGAAAUUAUGUUUUAAAAGAAGCAGCAUUUUUAGUCAAACCCGCCAAUUUAUAAAACAGAUUAAUGUUUCUCUUCAUUAAUUUAUCUUCAAUUGGAUUGAACAAAUGAUAAAUUAUAAAACAUUAAAUUUGAUCAAUUGUGUCAAUUACGUUUGCUAAUUCAUUUUAUUGUUCGAUAAAGGAAAAUAUCUUGCUUCAAUAUGCUACGUAACUAUCAAUAAAUAUUAAUUUUCUCCUUAUGUAAGCUUUAAGACAAAAUAACUUGAUAAAAGAAUUUUUCUCUAGUUUUGAAAGACAACUCCAACAUUUUGUGCAAAAUAAUUACGUUACUUCUGAUGCACCCUGUUUACGUGAAAGUUUACCAGGGCUAAAUGAUAUUGUAAUUAGUAUUGUGAUAAUAUUAUUAUAAAAAAAUGGUCUAUUUGUUUAGAGUAACCAGACAUAAGGCUAAGUAUGGUUCAUUAAUAAACACUGAAGGUAUUUGAGAGUUGUUUUCGCUCAUAAUAAAACCGAAGCAUUCCUUAUUAUUAAGUUGAAAGAAAAAUUAAUUUUUAAUAUUUUACGACCGCGAAUCGUUACUGGCAUUGAAUCAAAUAGGCUUGAUGCCAUUGAAUUUAGCAAACUGUUUAUGUUGGUGUAUAGAGACGAAAAGUGUUGAAAGAAGUUCCCUAAAGUGUGACAUUAUUAAUAUCAUGUUUAGUAUUAGAUUGUAAAUAACUUCAUUGUCAUUCCAUUGAUACCUAAGAACAAACUAUAAACAAAUCUGUACAUAUUUUAGAGAAUGGACGUUAAAUCAUAUAAAGUAUUUUUCAGUUGAUUAAAUUAAAAUAAUUAACUAAAUUUUCCGCUGAGGUACCAGCCAUGACGGGCUGUGAAAUAGCCGUAACUUGAGUUUAUCAGAUUAAAAAGUCGACAUUAAUUUUACGACAAGAGUUGCUUAAAAUUACAACUUCCUAUUUCAUUUGCGGCGAAUAAAAAAGGGUAUGCGCUUUCAAAAUAUUAUAUUUUGUCUCCGCUGCAGAAUUUCCACAGCAUAAUUUGCAAAGAAAGCUUAUUGUUACAACUUAUGAGCUAUUUUCUGGGUUAUUUUUCACCUAACUCAACCAGCUAACACCGACGCACACCAACGUAAUAAGAAAAAAGUAUAUGAAUUUUAUCAGGUGCUAUUUGAUAUUUUCGUACCUAUAUGACGACGAAGUUUCAGGGUAAAAUUACCAAAAAAUUUGUGGCUCUAUCAAGUGUUUUAAAUUUAACAGUCCAAUCUGGAAAAUUGAGAAAUCUAGUUCAGCUGAUGAUGGCGCCGGAAAUCCGAAACGUUGGAUCAGAUAACUGAAAUAAUGCCUUGUUAAGCCACACUAUUAGAAUUUAAUUUGUGCAAUACAUAGGGUGAUUUAUCAGUGAUGAAAAUUUCAUGUGUUGAUGAUGAUACUGAAAGUAUACAAUCUGCUUUGCGCGAUGGUUUACUUUUAGUAUUUAUAAAUUUUCUGGUCAAUAAGCACCAAUUUAUGUUCAUUAUUUUCCACCAUUAAAAGCCAUGUAUAUGUAUACAGAGCAGGUUAAUUAUGGCACACAAAGUAUGAUUUUAGAAGAUUCAUGGCUGCUUGUUGCAAUGCCUAUCUAUCUAUCGUUAUCUAAAGUUUGUAUGAAAUUUUGCAUAACUUUUAUACAAUUCAGCCUUCUGUAAAUUUAGCGCUGGUACCUACUUACAUGCGGAAAAAAUCAAACAAUUAUAAAAAAGCACAUUUAUUUUCCCUACUUUUAACAAAGUCUUGGUAUCGCAUUUUACUAGUCAUGACUUCACAUCCUUGUUAUACGUUUAUUUAAAAAGAUCAAAAGUUUUAAAUGUUUUAUGCAAGCGUUGUUUUUGUUGCGUAUAUUUGUAAGACUGUUACGUGGCCACAUCGAAGUAGAUACUUACUGAUAAAACCUACAUCUAAGUAUAUAUUAGAAUUGAUAUUAUUAGGGCUUUUUUAAAGAAAACCUCUGAAAUCGACUUGUGGCCAAUUUUAAUAAAUAAAUAUUUCCAAAAGUAAA